CACACCUAUCAACAGCCAAUACAAAUCAAGAAAUAUAACUUUGUUGAUGUUGGUAUAGAACGUUUUCGCUCCAAUCACAUAGUUAGAAAACGGUGUUCCAGGCAUAGCUCGCCCAAAUCAACAUCAUGUUUGGUUUCGCUCGCCUACCGUGUGGAAGAGGAUUGUGCACAGUUUGACAGGAGAGGAACUACUGCACUCCAUUUACGCUGCACCAUGGGAAAGAAGAGUCGAGUGAAGACUCAGAAGUCGGGGACAGGCGCCAUGGCUGUGGUCUCCCCCAGAGAGAUGAUAAACCUCAUAUCGGAGCUCUUACAGAAAUGCAGCAGUGCUGCCCCUUCUCCAGGGAAAGAGUGGGAGGAGUACGUCCAGAUACGAGGCUUGGUGGAGAAGAUCCGGAAGAAACAGAAAGGUAUCUCAGUGAUAUUCGAGGGCAGCAGAGAGGAGUUCUUCCCGACACUGAUGGCGUGGGCUCAGGAGAGUGGAGCGUCCUGCGAGGGUUUUGAGAUCGCCAACUUUGCUGGCGAGGGCUUCGGCCUCAGGGCCACCAAGGACAUCAAGGCAGAGGAGCUGUUUCUGUGGAUCCCCAGGAAGAUGCUGAUGACUGUGGAAUCAGCCAAGAACUCUGUCCUGGGUCCCCUGUACAGCCAGGACCGUAUUCUCCAGGCCAUGGGUAAUGUGACUCUGGCCCUCCACCUGCUGUGUGAGCGGGCUGACCCCUCCUCCCCCUGGCUGCCCUACAUCAAGACCCUCCCCGGGGACUACGACACCCCUCUCUACUACGAGGAGGAGGAAGUACGCCACCUGCUGUCCACUCAGGCCAUCCAGGACGUCCUCAGCCAGUACAAGAACACCGCUCGGCAGUACGCAUACUUCUACAAGGUCAUCCAGACUCAUCCGACCACCAGUAAACUGCCCUUGAAGGACGCCUUUACGUACGACGACUACAGAUGGGCGGUUUCCUCGGUGAUGACCCGUCAGAACCAGAUUCCUACAGAGGACGGUAGCCGCGUCACCCUCGCCCUCAUCCCCCUCUGGGACAUGUGUAACCAUACCAACGGUCUGAUCACCACUGGUUACAACCUGGAGGAUGACCGGUGUGAGUGUGUGGCUCUGCAGGACUACAAAGAGAACGACCAGAUUUACAUAUUCUAUGGGACGCGGUCCAACGCUGAGUUUGUGAUCCACAACGGCUUCUUCUUCCAGGAGAACGCCCACGACAGGGUCAAGAUCAAACUGGGCGUGUCCAAGAGUGAACGGCUGUACGCCAUGAAGGCGGAGGUGCUGGCUCGCGCUGGCAUCCCCUCGUCUAGUAUCUUUGCCCUGCACUGCAGCGAUCCUCCAAUCUCUGCCCAGCUGUUGGCCUUCCUCAGAGUCUUCUGUAUGACCGAGGAAGAGCUGAAGGACUACCUGGUAGGAGAACAUGCCAUCAAUAAGAUCUUCACCCUGGGAAACACCGAGUUCCCUGUGAGCUGGGACAAUGAGAUCAAACUGUGGACUUUCCUGGAGACCAGGGCUGCCCUGCUGCUCCAGACCUACAAGACCAGCUCCCAGGAUGACCAGUGUGCGUUGGAGAAGCCCGGCCUCUCUCUCCACUCCCGCGUUGCCAUCCAGCUGCGCCUGGCUGAGAAGCAGAUCCUAGAGAAGGUGGUGGCCAGCGGCAAGGCCAAGCGCCUGCACUUCCAGCAGCAGCAGGAGGAGGGCGCUCCGCUGCCCCGCUAUGAGGAGAGCGACAUCGCCCUGCUGGAGAAUGCCGAAGCCGACGACAAACUGCCAAUCAUCCUGAGGAAACUAGAGGAGGAGGACGAGGAGGGAGACGAUCAGGCAGCGGUGGAGCAGGUGUUGGCUCAGGUACAGCAGCUGGGACACGGGGGCGCAGCCAGGGAUCUAGCCCCCCUCAUAGUCAACGGGGAUGGUGGGAAGGUGGUGGUCAACGGGAAUGGUACGGACGCUAGCCCAGUCCUGCAGGUUGGAGACGCUAGCCCGAUCUCCUCAGACGCAGGCCGAAGUGUUAGCCAAGCCCAGGACACUAGCCCUGCUCAGGAGGGGGAUAAUGUGGAUGCUAACUCCACCAUGCCUGACACUGCUGUCCCUGCAACCACCCAGGAACAGGAAGGCCAAACCAGGAACGGAGACGAGGCUACUGCUUCUCUCUCACUGGGAGUGGACUUGGACCUGAGUGCGGAACGAACUGGAGACGAGCCCAAAGUCAACAUUGAAUAGAUGGAAUCAUCAUCUAGCUAACCGUUAUUGCAGAAGAAGAGCAGCAGUCAGCCAGUCAGUCAGCCCUUUUCUAUUUCUUUAUUUUUGUCUCUCUAAAGUGACUCAGAAAUAAAGGAGCUAAGAAUAAAAAAUAAAAAACAGAAUUUGAAUUUUUAAAUGGUAGAACUUUUCACUAUCUGUCCAUUUCGUUGGUUCGUCCCUCCUUCCAUGGCUUUGUUAUUAGUGCCUUUCUACCUACCAACCGCUCCCGACUGCUUGCACACUGCCAGUCAGUGUCUCCCCCAUCGGCCUUCUGUCUGAGCAUUAGAAGUUUGUCAUUUACAUGAAAAACUGGCUUUUUGUUGUUGAGGUUUGAACAGUGCUUUACUGGUUUACAUUGACUUUAUUCACAUACAAGCUGUGAGAGAACGGUAGGGAUCAACAAUGGCAGGGGACGACCCUGGUUUCAGUUCCACUACUGUAGGUUGAACAGAAGGAAAGAAAUUAGAUUUGAAUUGUAUUUAAUUUAGUCUCGAGCAAGCCAAAAUCUCAUCCUAACCCUUUACCUCUGUCAGUUUAUUACUGUAGUUUAUCUUAACGCUGCAAUAUGUGUUACUUUUUGGGAAACCUGACCAAAUUCACAUAGCAAUGGGAUUUUUAGAUCUGUCAUUUUCAUUGAUAGUAAGUUUAAGAAGUGUUAGAUCAGUUCUAUGUACGCUAUUUCUAUGUUUCCUAUUCUUAAGUUUAGUUUUUGAGUCUUUUACUUUCGCUUUAGUACAAAUACAAUUUUUGGGGUUAUUGAUAAGAUAUUUCACAGCGGUUUGUUUUGUUACAAACUGAAAUUACUGAAUUUUUGAAACCAGGAAAUGGCGCAGCGAUUUCUGCAUAUUGCACCUUUUAAUACACACCUAGUAUAAUUUCACAAUCUUUUUCUCUGGCUCUUUGUUCUCUGUUUGAGAUCAUCACUUCCCCUCUCUCUCUUCUCGCGCUGCACUUCCUGGUUUUACUCAAUAGCUUUUUAAAUACAACUGAAGGAAACUGCUGGCACAAAAUGUCCUGUGCACUUCUUCUGGGAACAAUCAGUAUUUUAUUUCUUUACUCAAGAGUAUGAAGUACCAUUUGAAAUGUAAUGGAAAGGAUAAUAUGUGUGUUGAUUGAGUGAAAUUUGAUGGCUAAAAUCAGGUGAUUUGGGUCUUCUUUUUUUUUUUCUUCAUUUAAAACUUUAUUAUGAAUGUACCUCAGCUCUUCAAGUUGCAAAUUGAAUCACCCAAGGAUGAGUUUCUGUUGUGAUGAAGAAUAUGACUAACGCUAGUCCAUAUUAUGAGAGCCAUAAUUCAGAAUGGUGACGAAGUCGAACCUUCAGCGAGACACGACAAGACGUGGUUCACACAAAGGACUUCUGCUCAUUUCACUUAGAUGCUGGUUUUGUAGUUCGACAUCCUGAAACGGUGCAAACUAUUUUUGUUACUCCUCCCUCCACACCAGAAACGAGACAAACAACCCGUUAAUAAAGAGGUCUCUGAUCCAAUCGCAAAUUUUCAACGUAUGUUUUUUUUUGUCUGUAUUGACAUCUGCUCUAUGUUCAGCUUAGUUAGUUUUUUUUGUCUGUAUUGACAUCUGCUCUAUGUUCAGCUUAGUUUGUUUUUUUUGUCUGUAUUGACAUCUGCUCUAUGUUCAGCUUAGUUUUUUUUUUUUGUCUGUAUUGACAUCUGCUCUAUGUUCAGCUUAGUUAGUUUUUUGUGUUAGCCAAUAAAUGGCUAUCGAAACAUGAUGUGGAGUUUAGCUCUCUCUCCGUUAGAUGCCUAAGCUCUUAAAUAACCCCGUAACUCCAGUACAGUAGCUGUUAUUGUCAUUUCAUCUGUUAGCAGACAGCGGUUCAUGUCGGCACAGGGAGCUAAUUCAUUGGCGGCUGCAUACUCGUCUCUCCCGCGCGACGGACGGACGGACGGACGGACGGACGGACGGAUUUGAGCGGCCAUUUUUAAUAGGCCAUGCACAAGCAGUUUAUUUUCGCCUUUCUCCAAAGUGUUAGCUCGCGCUACUUAAUUCUAAUUUGUCUAUCUGUUCAUGCUGUUACCAACUGCAAAACGAGAGUUGCUCCGAAGUCUAUUCUGCUGUAUAACGCAACUAUAAAAGGGGCUCGUUUUCUACCUUUGUUGAAGUAUCACCUUGUUUCCUGCUGCAUACUGUGCUUUGUCGCACUCCGACCUCUCAUCAUGGACGGGUUUGUUCCUGUAUUUUGAUUGACUCCCACUGGACUACUACCACUACUUGCCAUUUUGUACGAUUCUCUACCAGUCUUUACCUGCUGCUUCUCUAAAGAUUGUUUCCAGUUAGUGUAGUGUACAGUUACUGAGAAUUCUUCCUACUGAUUUAACCAAUCACACUCUCCAAGCAAUUCUCAGCACCCUGUUCUAUCUAGCCACAAAGUCCUCACCAGCUCGCCUCUUCGCCUGGUCCCAGGUCUGUUUGUGCUCUUGCCCAACCCCAUUGCUGUCAUUGUCAAGCCAAUGAGUGACAAGGAGUUGGCAUGAUGGCACAAACAGAUGAGCACUCGGGCUACCUUUACAAGCCUGGUCCAAGAUCUGUACUCUGUGCUUUAGCUAACUCCUCUGACAGUGAUAGUUGGUGGUAACGUUUAGACUUUUGCAGGGUUCUCGUGACCAUAUGAUGAUUAUUGUAAGUACAGUGUAACUGUUGAAAUGAUUCAUUGUUACUGUACAUGACAGCAACUCUAGUCUCGGGGAACCAAGGCUUCUCACAUUCUGGCAACAAGACCAGGUUUGAAAGGAUGUCCCUACGAGACUACCCUAACCUUUACCUUAAACGCAGUGUAAGUACAGUGACAAGUUGGCACAAUACUUCUUACACUGUACAACAUACAGAUCUAGGAUCAGUCCAGCUCACCACAUUGCAGUAGUUUGAGGUUGGUCCCGUGUGAUGGUGACAGAAGGUUGCGAUGGACAACACAGAAUAGUCAUGAAACUGUCCACAUGGAAGCGCCACAGAUUAAAGUGACUCUAAUUUCUCACCUCC